UUACUCCCUUUCUGCUUGCAGGCGUAGCUGAAUCGCGCGGCUAAAUCGGCGCAAGUGUGGCGGUGGUUGGGGUCGCGUACGGGUGGCUGCGGUCGCCCAGGUAGUUAGGGGACCACUCGGUGCCGGUUGCCGCCAGUAAGGUUGCCAUCGGUGACGACGAAGACGAAGACGACGAAGACGAGGACGAGGAGGAGGACGGCGGUGGUGGUGGCGGAGGAGGAGGAGGAGGAGGCGGCGGCGGAGGAGACGGUGAAGCCGGUGAAGGAGGUAGUGCCGGUGACGGUAGUGGUGUCAGUGGUAUCGGUGGCGAAAGUGUUUACGGUGGUUGUGGUGACGGUGGUGGUAUCGGUUGUUGCGGUGACGACGGCGACGGCCGCGGCCGCGGGAAGUGCAAAGUGCGACGAGGAGAACGGGAUUAACGAGGCGGAGGAGAGAAGAGGGAGGUGGUGGUGCUGGAGGAGAAGAAGUUGCGCCGGGAGGUCGUUUCACCCUCUUCGGGGCGACGGGGCCGUUACCUGGCCGCGCCGUUUAGCAGCCGCUAGUGAGAGAGCAAGUGCGUGAGGGUGGCAUUUGUAAAGGCAACGUGUAGCAAGAUGGGCUGUGCCAUGUCCGCGGAAGAGCGAGCCGCUCUGGCUCGCAGCAAGCAGAUCGAGAAGAAUCUCAAGGAGGAUGGCAUCCAGGCGGCGAAGGACAUCAAGCUCCUGCUGCUCGGAGCAGGAGAGUCCGGCAAGAGUACGAUCGUGAAACAAAUGAAAAUUAUCCACGAGAGCGGCUUCACGCCGGAAGACUUCAAGCAGUACAGACCCGUCGUAUACAGUAACACGAUACAAUCUCUAGUCGCUAUUCUCAGAGCAAUGCCUAAUCUCGGCAUCAGCUUUUCAACCAACGAGCGAGAGACGGACGCAAAAAUGGUGUUUGACGUAAUACAAAGAAUGGAAGACACGGAACCCUUUAGCGAAGAACUGCUGGCGGCUAUGAAGAGGCUGUGGUCCGAUAAUGGAGUGCAGGAGUGCUUUGGCAGGAGCAAUGAGUAUCAGUUGAACGACUCCGCGAAAUACUUCCUGGACGACUUGGAUCGAUUAGGAGCGAAGGAAUACCAGCCAACGGAACAGGAUAUUCUCAGGACCCGAGUGAAAACGACGGGAAUCGUGGAAGUUCACUUCUCAUUCAAAAACCUCAAUUUCAAAUUAUUUGACGUGGGUGGUCAGAGGAGCGAGCGUAAAAAAUGGAUACAUUGCUUCGAGGAUGUAACUGCAAUUAUUUUCUGCGUGGCAAUGUCCGAAUACGAUCAGGUCUUGCACGAGGACGAAACGACGAACCGAAUGCAAGAGAGUUUAAAGCUGUUCGACUCGAUCUGCAACAACAAGUGGUUUACCGACACCUCGAUUAUCCUCUUCCUGAACAAGAAGGAUCUCUUCGAGGAGAAAAUCCGCAAGUCUCCUCUUACAAUCUGUUUUCCCGAAUACGCUGGUGCGCAGGAGUACAGCGAAGCGGCUGCAUACAUCCAGGCACAGUUCGAAGCGAAGAAUAAGUCGACCACGAAGGAGAUUUACUGCCACAUGACCUGUGCCACCGACACGAACAACAUUCAAUUUGUGUUCGACGCAGUCACAGACGUCAUUAUCGCCAAUAAUCUGCGCGGCUGCGGUCUCUACUAGGCUAAUUCUGUAUUCUACGUUAAGCGCAAACGGAGGAGGAAAACGUUACCCGCGACAUGGCUGGUCGGACGAUGUUCUUCAAUGAGUUCGUGGCUCGUCUCGGUUCCACUCCGACGCGAGAAAGAGAGAUAGAGAGGGUGGAGAAAAGGAGAGAGAAAGACGACCCCUUUCGUUAUCAACGCUGUGCAGAAGCGUAGCGGAAACGUUUAGUUUGUCUUGUCUUAUACUAACGAAUCCGAGAAGCCGACGUCGUCAAUCGUUCGUGAUGUCGGUCGGAGAAACGGCACGCUCCUUGGCGAAGGAGGAACGAUCGAUUGCGAAAGAGAACGCGUGCUCUAUGAACGAGAACGGCGCGGCGGGCCAAUCCUCGGAUGCGGCAGAAUGUCGUUUUCGCGGAAAACCAGUAUGAAUCCGUCAAAAUAUUGUACUUCGAUUGGUUUGCACUUGUUUCCUGCGAGCGAUGUUACGAUCUUACGUGCCGGAGAAAUAGGAUCUUAAUUAUUCGUGCUUGCAUCUGAUCGUCGGUGAUGAGAACGCGAGUUCUGUACAAAAUUGAGAGGGUCGCGGACCGUUCGAUCGAAGCUGGCUGUCGACGUUAAAGGUCGUCGAGGCUCGAGCAUCUUUUAUAUCCGAUCUGAUCUUCGGCUUCGUUCUCGUUUCGCUGCAGAAACGCUCGAGCAUUCCAUGACGCUCCACGUAGAGGAAGGGAGAGAAGAGUCAUGCGUGCGCGCCACGCACACGAGUCGAAAUCCUUUUCCCACAAUUUUCACACACAGAUUUUACUAAGCGCACUCGGAGUUCGGUUUAUAUAUACACAUAUACACGUUCAUAUAUUCUCUUACGUCUCUCCUUUCAUCGAGGAACAAAUUCGCACACGCGAUCGUACGUAUCUCUCGAGAGAGCACCGACAGCGUUUUCCAGAUUUGCAUUUUGAUAAGCGGAGAGCGGCUGAAGGGCAACCGUGACAAUUUUAUAAGAGAGCAAACGGCAUCGACAUCGCGAAGUGUCUCCAAGCUCAGUUGAUUACUUCUCGUAACGUAACGGUUAGAUCCCUCUAUUUUUACUUUAUCGUCAUUUCUAUGCGUCAUGCAAUUAAUACGACGACCACGCACACGGGAUAUUCCUAGGCACAUAAAAUUAUAGUCACAAAUGUCGAUCCAUACGCACAUACACAUACGCAUAAAUUAUUUUUCACGGUGGAGAAACCUGUUUCCUUCGUUAACGAUCGUCGCAGACUGUCAUGUAUAUGUAUAGUAUACUUUUAUCGUCGCACACGUACACGAAUUCCGAAUAUAUACAGAACGUGUCGAAUCCUUGAAAUCCUCGCGACUUUGAAUUAUCCGUUCGCUCCGCGAAAUUUCCCGAUGAGAAUAUUAGGGAGAUGAAAAGUCAUCACGCAAUUUCUACUCACGGGAUAAUUCGCGACGUCUUGUUCGCGGUGUCCCGAGGAAAAAAAAAAUUGUGCGAAAUAGCGAGACGUCUUGCGAUUAAAAAUAAUUGUCGACAAAUUACUUGGCGGUGAUUCAAGAUUUUCACGGUGGACGCUCCAUGCGUUCGAGCAGGGACACACAUACGGCACGUACCUGUGUGUACGUACACAAUUUCUGGGACAUCCUGCGCACACGCGUAAACGCGCUGCGGCAAUUCGCGGGAAGAUCCUAAGAGUGUAUUUUUCUAAGUGCUUCGUUUUUCUUCCUUUUCGUUUUCUUUUCCUACCGGGGCGUACCGACAAUACUGGUGGUUAAGUUCAGUGCACGGAAAGGGAGGGCGGGGCGAGGGAAGGUGUACGAGAGCAUGCACACAAAUGGGACCUCACAUUUAGGCGCGUGCACCAACAGCACGUGCGUAACGUGUUCCGGGACAGGCAAGUAAGAAUCUCGUUGCGCAUAAUCGUACUGUACUCGGCGCUAUCUCGCAUAAGUUAUAUUUUAUUACACGGGGACCGUUGGGAGAGACGCCGACGAGAGAGAGAGAGA